AUGGCUCCAUUAAGAAGGGACAAAGGCAAGGGAAAAGUUAUCAAUAACCCCAUUGUUCCUAAACCUGACAGCUUGAACUUGGGAAGGUUGGUUCCUAAUCCAAAGGAGAAAAUUGACUUCACGCUGACAUUCAGAAAUAAAACUUUGACAACUCCUAAUUUUCAUGGAGAAUCAAGAUUUCAAAUGACACCUAAGGAAUAUGAGGUUAACAUAGAGGCUGCUAACAAGAAUAUGGGAAAUUUCAAAGACAAGGAUGGCAUCUUCAAGCAUAAAGAGGAUGCAUCAUCUACUUUCUCAUUGGUUCCAAUGUCUGAAGAAGAAGAUCCAAUGAAUCUUCAAGAAGCCUUGUUAUCUCUGGAUGUUUAG